AUCAGCGCCAAAUACUUUUGCACUUGAGGACGUUACUUGACUCAUUUUUGAAAGUUAUCCAGUGGCCACCGGCAGAGGGCGGGCGUGUCUUCUUGGCCCCCAAAGAGGUGAAUUCCAUCAUCCCCACCACUGUAGGCCAACUUCAAGCGGUGGCAGAGUAGUGGUCGUCGUCAGUGCAGAAAAGUGCGAUUUUCAGCAGGAGAAAAUGCCUCGUCGCGUGUGAAAAGUGGUGGAAAGUGUACCUGGAGGUCCAGUGAAGCGAUUACGGGUGGAGUACCCUCAGUGAAUGUGCACAAUAGAGGCACUCCAGGUGCUCCCCACGGUGGGACUCCCACGGGAAGUCACUGUGAGUGGCAGUCACUCGCACACGGCGUUCCGGGCGCUGUCCGGGUGGUGGUGGCGCGCGAGAGGCAUCGAAACGGAAAGGUGUCGCACCCCCACGGCCCCCACUUCCGCCGUGGCUGGCGGAACAGGAUAAAAAUAGAGUGACAGAGACUGGAUUGUGCGUAAGAGAGAGCGCCAGGGGUUGGGCGAACAGGUGUUCUAAUUAAUCAGGAGGCAUUUCAGUGAAUUUUCCACAUUCCCACCCCAAACAUUCCGACGCCUCGCCAAGCAGCCGAGAAGAUGUUUUCCACGGAGCGCUUGGUCCAAAUGUCCUCAGAUGAUGACAGCGAUGUAGAUCUCGUGGUGGAUUAUUUGAGUAUGAACAAAGAUGUGGAGACGACGCAGGCACAGGAAGUGAAUAGUGGUGUUCAAGUGAAAGCCACUUCUGGACAGAGCAAGUGUUCCGUAAGAAUUAAGAACAACUUGAAUAACAACAUGGUUCCCAUAAUAAGUGUGACGCCGCACAGUCCAGGUGCAAAAUACAGUGGAAUUUUGGAGGAUCCUCUGAAUCAAUUGCAAUGCAUAAGGGAGAGUCUGAUGCAGAUGAAGAAUCCAGGGAUUCACAAUCAGAACUUUGGUGCAGCACAUUUUGCCAAUUCAUUGAUGCACUCUUCAAGACUGUUCUCGUCAUGUCCAUCACUGCCCGACCUCUCGAUGGCUCCCAAUGCCAGCGGUGGUAACAUGUGGCCAGCGCAGACUGCAAUGUAUGGACUGAAUACGGACAGGCGAAAAUCAUGGACAGCCAUUGAAGAUCUCACGGAGUGUGCAAAGAGUUCAAACAAGAGUGCUAGCUUGUCGAGUGUGGACAGCGAAGAGAGCUUGAGGGCGGCUGAGCGACUCCACAAUCGCUCCAGUAGAAACAGUGCAGGAGGCAUUUCGACUCAUUCUCUCAAUGAAGCGGAACUUGCUCGAGACUUUGAGAGGAUCCUGGCGAAGCGCAAUUUGGCGCCCAUCAUCUGUCGCAUUCCGCUGCAAAAGAGCAUCUCAACACCAUCAAUUGCUCCUGUCAGGAAUCAAAAUGCCAAAGAGGAGAAAACAGUUCCGACAUCACGGCACCUUUCUGACAGUGAGGAUGAGAAUCAGGACGAUAGAUCUUUGCUUAGUGUACGAGAUAAGAACGAAGUGUAUGCUGAUCAUCCGGAAAAGCGUCGAAAGAGAGGAUCACUGUUUUUCCGCAAGAAGAAGGACAAGGCCAAGGCGAAGGGUCAGUCAACCAACUGUGAUGUUUGUGGCGCUGUCAUCAAUCUGUCGUCCUACAAGGAGCACGCAAUUGAGUGCAAGGCAAAGUUAGCCAAGAGUCAACAUGCUGGAAAGUCUGGAUCGGGCAAGAAAUCAUCGUCAAACAGCCAUGGUACUUCACAUCAAGACAACCACUCGAGAGAUUACUAUGAGCCUCAUAGCCACGGUGAUCAUAUAAACUAUUCAGAUGAAACGCCUCUGAUUCGGGAUGAAUUCCUCAACGAUCCACCAAUUGGACCACAUGAUUUGGGAGCUGAUCCCAUUCUUGGGAUGACAAUCGAUGAGCCUGACUCGUGGAGUCCCAGUGUUCCGCGAGAGGUGGUGAAGUCCCUGAAGGACAAACAGGUGAAGCGCCAAGAGCACAUCUAUGAGUUUAUAAUGACGGAGAAGACGCACUGUCAGAACCUCCUGGUGAUGCAGAAGGUGUUUGUGGACAGUCUGGAGAAGUACUUCAAUCACCAUCUGAAGUUGAAGAGGAUGUUUCCAUGCUUGCCGGAACUCAUAGAGCUUCACACGGGUUUCCUGCGCAAAUUGAAGUUGAAGCAGCGCGAGAGUCACAUUGUGGACAGCAUUGUGGACAUCAUGACGGAAUUUUUCUCCGGACCGUCGGCACAGAGGCUGAAGAAUGCCUAUGGAGAGUUCUGUUCCAAUCACCGUUCGGCACUGGCGGACUUGAAGUACUACCAGAGAGAGGAUCACACAUUUGCUGAGUGGUACAAACACUGUCAGACGAAUCCGCUGCUGAAGAAGAAAGGCAUUCCGGAGUGUAUUUUAUUUGUCACGCAGCGUCUCACCAAGUAUCCACUGCUUAUUGAUCCGCUGCUGAAGAGUUCACGUGAGGACAGGAUUGAGCAUCAGAAGCUGGAGAGAGCUAUGUCACUGGUGAAGGAGAUUCUCGUGGAUGUGGACGCCAGAGUGGCUGAUAAGGAGAUGGAAGAGCGUCGAUUGAACAUAUUCACGAAGAUCGAUGCGAAAUCAUAUGCAAUGUACAAGGAUGAGAAGUUCAAGAAGUCCAAUGUGAUGGUGUCCAAUAGGAAGCUGAAGUUUGAAGGUGUGGCAACACUGAUGCAGGGCAGAUCCAAGAUGCAGACUGUCAUGGUGGUUGUUCUCUCGGAUUGUCUCUUCUUCCUGCAAGAGAAUUCCACCAAGUACACAUUUUUCACGCCAGAAAACAAGGCGGGCGUUGUGUCACUGCAAAAGCUACUCAUUCGCGAGAAGGCUGGCACUGAAUCGCGAGGAAUCUACAUAAUCUCUUCGAAUCCAACGUAUCCGGAGAUGUAUGAAUUGAAAGUACAAAAUCCCAAGGAUAAGAACAUGUGGAUUCAGAAAAUAAGAGAUGCUGUUGUUGAGUGUCCGUCAGACGAAUUGGAGCCUGAUAUGACUGUUGAGCAGAAACAGAAGCUGAUUGAUGCACGUCAGGCGAAUGUCAGGGAGAUUAUCUCAAUGGGAACUAGUGAGCUUGAAGACAAACUGAGACAGAAGGAUUUGGAGCAGGCAAUGAUUCUGGAGGAGAAGAUCGCAUUGCAAAUGAGUUUGUGGCUUGAUGGUCAGAAUAUUGGUGAGAAUAGUGGACAGAUGAGUCCGGGAGCGGAUGAAUUUCUCGCCAAUUUCGGUUCGUAUCGCGAACUCGUGACGGACGACUGUGAUACUAUUGAGAUUUGGAAGCGUGUGUUGCACACAGUCCAGGAGAUUGGUGAUCUUGCGGCAACACUGUAUUCUGCCGCCACAGGAUUGCCACUGUCGCGAUCGUUCAGCUCUGUGGGUGAGAAGCAGAGUGAGAUGUACAUCUCGCCGACACUGCCGAAGCGUGCGGAGACAUUUGGGGGCUUCGAUGAGAGGCGCAACAAGCAGGGAAGUCAUCCGUGGCGAGAUGCUGUGCUGUCCACACUGCCGACGGGUGUGAUAAUGGGUCAGAAGAGAGACUCAAUGACAUCAGAGGUGGAUUCGUGUACUCUAUCGCCGGCAUCACAGAAUUCCAAGUGUAGCAGUGAGAAUGUGUCGAUCAGAGAUCACAAUUUUGCCGCUCUUCAAGUGUCUCACAAUCUGCACACACUUAUGUGCAUCAUCACGCAGCAGAUGACGACAAUUCAGACGAUGCAGGCGCAAUUGAUGUCCUUCAAGGACACAUCGAAGAAUCUGUACCGUCACAAUGAUCAGCUGGAAGAGGUGAGGAAUUUGAUGGAUAAAUUGCAGGAGCAGAAGACAGAAUUUAUGAGAUAUGAGAAGCAACGCGUGACGGAAUUGGAUGAGCGUGAGCAAAAGCAGAAGGAUGAGCUGAAGAAGGAGUGGGAACACAUUAGGGCUGAGCAGGAGGAUAUUAAGCAGCAGCGGGAGCAAUUGUACAGGAAAAUGGAAGUUCUGUCGAAUCAGGGAAUCCUGCUGUCGCCCAAUAUGGCUUUGCCAGUUACAGGGCAUGUCAAUCAUCCGGAUGAUGGACAUACACCGCAUGGGAAGGAGACUGAGGGCUAUUCUGACGGCGUUGAUCGUCGCAAGGACAAGUGGAGAUCGUCAAGCAUUUCCAAGACACAUCCAGUGAAUUUGCUCAGUGCAACGAAUGCCCAGAAAGGUGGCCAGACGAGUGUGAAGCAGCAGCUUCCUCUGAAAUUAUCUUCAGUGACAAGCACAAAAUCAUCCACGGAGAGGGCAAGCGUGUCCGGUAGUGCACUUACAUCACCACCGAGUAGCAAUAGUGCGAAUGUCACACAAAUGUUUCCACUAAAACUAGCUGAUAAAAGACAGGUUCCAGCGACGUCUUCAGUGAGUUCCAAUCAUUCACGCACGGGAAGCAGUCCUGCUGUUAUUCAGCAACCAUUGGCGUCUCAUGCCGGCAAUCCAGCAUUAAAGACGAAUACAUAUCCCAAGAUUCCGGAGAGGCAUCGCCUUCGGAGCACAGAUGGUGCUUUCACAAGCAAUUCCGGUCAGACUGCGGUGGUGCAGCAGCAACGAAGUAUGUCCGUGUUUGCACAGCUCCCAUCGACACCGCCGCAGCCGCCGCCGCGUCCCGCCGCCCGUGAGCCGCCGCCGCAGGCGUCCGAGGAGGAGGUGAUCUACUUUUGAUGCCCGGCCGAAGUGCAGAUUUAAAAAAAAAGAAGAAAAAGACAGAGUCGCGAAUCUCAAGCACUUGGACGAUUCCAGCUAUUAUAUUUAUUUGUUUAAUAAUCUUCCGUAUAGAAUGGGUGAAAUUUAACAAACUUAGGUAUUUAUAAGUUGAAAGAAUGCAAUAUUAUUCAUCAUGGAUCACACAUGCAACAGUUUUAUUUAUAUUUAACUAUUUACUGAUGACACUACUUUGUAAGUUUAUAUAUUCCCUUUUUGACUAUUCGUGAACUCCAGUAUUUUUUGCGUAUGUGGAAUAAGUUUUUUGAUAUGCAUGAAAUGGAUACAAUUAGUGUGGAAUAAAAUGCAUAUGCGAUGUAUUAAUUUAUGAAAGAAAGAAAGUAAAUCACAGAUUCAUCCAUAAAAUAGUUAAUCACAGUGUUUUAGAGAAGAAAAAAAAAUGGAGAUGAGAAAACAUUUAGUGUUGAAGAUGAAAUGAAAUAUUAGAUAAAAAUCUGCUGAAUGGUACUUUUUUCCCCCAAUAUAAUUGUUAUUCAUGUUUACAAGAGAAUAUGACGUGAAAUCACGUAAUCACAACUAAUAUUGAUGAUAGAAGAAGGAAGAAAAAACUCUAAUAAGACUUUAUUUCUUUGAUGACGUAAAAAGGUGAAUCACAAGCAAUUCCUAAGCUUUCAUUUUUCAUAUCAGCAAAAAAGUAAAAAAGGUAGAGAAGAAGAAGAGAAAAAACCUCUUCACUUGUGGCGGGAAUAGAAAGAGAGAGACAGAAGAGAGAGAGAAAGAGGAGAAACUCUAUCGUGAUAUUUACUGUACUUAAAAAAAAUGAUGAUGAGAGUAUUUCAGAAGAACACUGAAUUGAGAGUCUUUCAAAUUCGCUCCUAUAUAAAUUCUACAUUGACAAUAUUAUGCAAUAUUUAUGACAGAAAGCGCAAAUCCCGUGUUUUGGCUUCUGACUGGGGAUCUUUCUGGUUACUUCUUGUUAUAAUCAGAAGAAUGAUAACAGAGAUGUUAAGUGACAGAGAGAGAGAGAGAGAGAGAGAAAUUACAUGAUGCAAAGAACUGAUGAAUGAAGAUUUGACGGACGGUAAAGAUUUAAACUAUUUUUCUCUAAAUGCAAUAGUCACACUUUAAGAGGAUUGAGUCUUAUUUCAAUGUUAAGAUCACAUCAAAAUAAAAUGAUGACAUAAAGAUAAUAGAAGAAAAUGUCUAUUUAAAACUGAUUACCUAUUACAAUUUAAAAGAGAAAUUAAUCGUAAUAUCUAAACAUUCUUGACAAUACAAUAUUAGUGUUAUAUUUGAGAUGUGUGAAGAGGACAUUAAGAUGAAGAAGAAGAUAAAAAAAAACCAGUGGAGAAUCAUUACUGAAAUAUUUCUCAAGUUCAGAAUUUUAUUCCUAUCUUUACAUGUUAUUAUUAUCUUUAUAAUAAUUAUAUGUAAAUAUUCAUAUUUAGAAAUGGGGUGGAAAUAUUUACUAGAGACAAAAAGAAAAAAAUGUAUUAACAAAUUUCUCAGACUUAUUCAAAGAAAGUAUAAAAACAAAUAAUAUUUCAACGUGUUGCAAAAAUCUCUCACUCUCACGUUUAGCAAAAAAAAAAUGAGAAGCAAAAAUCAUUGAUAAAUGUGAAA